GCGGGUUUUCAAUGCUCUGCGCUCUAGCGGCUGCAAAACAAAAUGUGUAUGCCUUGUCAUAUUUACGGUUGCAGUAAUCUUAGUCCUUGGUGUGUUGUUUUGACCUCAUUAUUGGACUGUGUUUGGAAGGACAUAAACGUAAAUGUCAUUCUCACUUUUAUAGUAUGUCUUACACUGCGCCUUCUACAAUUUGGAUGCUUACGCCACAUGUAGGAAUCCCGUCUGCGUUAGACUACAUCUUCAGCCGUUACACUGUGGGAGAUCAGCUGGGCAAAGGUGGAUUUGGGGUGGUGUAUGAAGGAACGCGUCUGGAGGAUAAUAUUAAAGUGGCUUUGAAAUACGUCACAAAGACGGAGCAAAUGGAAUGUGUAUUCCUUCCUGAUCAUGCAGAGCCUCUUCCAAAAGAGAUCGCCCUCACCAUCAUGGCGAAUAAAGGUCGAAGAGUGCCAGAGAUCAUCCGGCUGCUGGAGUGGAGGGACCACCCUGACCACUUCGUCAUGGUCCUGGAACGUCCCUCUCCCUGUGAGAAUCUGGUGGAGUUCCUCAGGCGUCACGGUGGAAGCCUGGACGAGGAGAAAGCGCGGCAGAUCAUGUGGCAGGCGACUAACGCCGCACACAUGUGCUGCCUCCGAAAGGUGUUCCACCGUGACGUCAAACUGGAGAACCUUCUCAUCAACAGGGAGACAUCCGAAGUCAGGCUGAUCGACUUCGGAUGCGGGGACGUUCUGGGGAGUUCACCGUUCAGGACAUACCAUGGCACGGUGGAGUACUCUCCUCCUGAGUACCACCGCAGUGGAGAGUACAACGGCUGGCGGCGCGACGGUCUGGUCACUAGGGAUCGUAAUGUUCACAUUGUUGUGUGGACAUUUCCUAGUGACCAUGACCUGUUCCUGCUGCAGCACAAGAAGUGGUCCAAAGCCGGCCUGAUGUCGAUUUUUUCCAACGAUGAAACUGCAAUCAAAGAGAUGGUGAUGGGCGUUUUCUUGUCAUCAGAUGUGAAGGAUGUGAAGAUGAACCUGCGGAAGUUGGAGUAG